AUAAACUUUGUGCAACUACUGCAAAUAGUUUGAAAAAAAUGGUUUCUCAAACAAAAGCCUAAUAAAACCAACAAUGUACACAGGUACAACUAGUUCUUGUUUUGUAAAACUUAAUUUCAAACAAGUGUUAACAUAUGGCAAGCUCCCCAAAAACUAUGAAUGGAUCUCCCAACCCAAAGAAGAAAGGUCCAAGCUUCCUUAGCAGGAAGACGAGGAAGAGCAAGGAUGUUAAGGACAUGAUCACCGAGGCUGAGCUGUUAAAGAGAGGAAGUAUCACACCAGAAGAUACUUUGAGAUUGACGUGUUCAACCGACAAUUACUUAUGCGAGGUUGACGACAACAUUUAUGGCAUCGACUUUACUCGGUUCAAAAUCCGAGACCUGGAGAGUGAUACUGUGUUGUUUGAAAUAUCUAAACCCUCUAAAGAAGAGAUGCCGGACCUACCAGGCAGUGUUGACGUGACCGACCCAAAUGCUGGACGCUUCGUUCGUUAUCAGUUUACCCCUCAGUUUCUUAACUUGAAAACUAUUGGAGCCACGGUUGAGUUUGUGGUUGGAGACACACCAGUUCAAAGUUUCCGAAUGAUUGAACGUCAUUACUUCCGCAGUCAACUGCUUAAAAGUUUCGAUUUUGACUUUGGGUUCUGCAUUCCUAACAGCAAGAACACAUGUGAACAUAUCUAUGAGUUUCCCAAGCUAUCCCAAGACACAAUGCAAAAAAUGAUCAAUUCACCAUUUGAGACCAAAUCUGACAGCUUCUACUUUGUAAACAACAAACUAGUGAUGCACAAUAAAGCAGACUACGCUUACAACGCAGGAUUGGAAUAACAAAAUUGAAUCAAAUCACUCACAGUGGUGCUAAUUUACUUUACCAGACUUUGUUUUCUAUUUCUGCAUUACAAGUAUUAUUUUCCACCAUGCUUACAGCUCUUACUCUCUCUUUUACAAUCUCAUUGCGCACUGUGUAUCAAAAGUCUGCCCAAAACAUACUUUUUUUGGUAGCCCAAAGCACAAGUUUAGCCCCUGCAGAACCCUGAACAAGACCCUUGUGAAUCCCUAAUUUUUUCUGACAUUUUGCAACCGAAAUUGUACAUAUUCCCAUAUGCACUUAACGACUACAGACAUUGCGAUAGAGCAUCCACGGUACCCAAAACAGCCUCACGCUUGUUGCUUAAAAUUCAGACAUUUUUUCUAUUUUUGGUUUCAAAGGAAUAUAGAUAGCGAUCCGAAUCUAUUCGCAAUAACAUUUCAAGUUCCGUUUGUACAAAAUUGACCAAGUAAUUGCUUUUGCAUUGGCACAUACGGUGCCGUAUCGUAAUCCGCAUACGAAUAUCGAUUUGCUUGUACGCUCGCAAAACAAUUGCUUUCACUCGCAGCGUUGCUAUCGGACACCCGUUUCUAUAGCAACCAAAUGCACAUGACGUAACGUCGUUAAUCCGAAAAUGUGACAAUAGUUUUUCUGGUUGGUUCAUUUAAAUAAUCGCAAAUAUAAAUGCGCGCAUUUGACCAACCCGUAUUUCUUGUGCUUAUUUGCGUAUUUGUAUCUGUGUGGAUUUGGCGGAAAAUAAAUAUCCUAUGUUUCA